UUUUUCUGAUUGACGUUUAUUUAAUCGGUUUACGAGGGAUUAAUCCAUUGACUUUUAUAUGCUGUUUAUGUUUAUGGUGUCAUAAUAUAGGUUUUAAAAUUUCAAAAACAGCUUUUGAUAAGAUAGUGUAUAGAAAUAUAUGUAUAAGAUAUGAAUAGACCUUGAAAUAGGAGAAAUGUUGGUGAAAAUUUUCAAAGUGAUAGAGUGAUGUUAUAUAUAUCUAUAUAUUUGAAGUGUCUUAUGAUUGAUUUGUGGGCAUACCACAGGAUAAUGAGUUGUUUAUAUAUAAAAAAGUAUAAAGUUUACUUUCUGGGAAAAUAUUUAUAGAAAAUUGAGUGUCGACAAUGUUAUAAGUGUUUGGCGUUUUAUUUCAAAGGCAUGAUUGUUUGUAAUAUUAUAUGAAUGGUUUUAACUUUUUGUGAGAGCAACUAUUACUACUACGUGUGAUAAAAACAUGAACUGGUUACUGGUUAUAUGAACAAGUUUUAUGUUUCUUUUUAUUCUGGUGUUUCAGCAUUGUUUUGUGAGUUCUUACGUCGUCAAGGUGGAAAGUAGGUCGCUCAUUCUUUUUUUGAAGCUGUUUGAUUUAAAAUGUGCUUAGUGUAUGAAGUUAUCAUCUCAGAACAAUGAUUUUCAUUUCACGGACAUUUUAUAUCAAUUUGUGCAAAAAUCAUACUUGAAUGGAAUAUAAAAAAAGUAUGUACGUAUAAAAGAGAAGAAACUGUAAAAUGUCACUGUCUAGAAAAACUGGCCGAGUUUGGUAUCGUCUUACUUCUUCAUUAAGAGAAACUGAGAAAGAUUCCUUACGUCACUCAAUGACAGAUAUAGAGAAUAUUUUCACGCAAGGAACUUAUAAGAAACGCAGACAGUGGCUUGUCGAGAGGGACCAAGAGAGAAAAAGUUUACCAGGAUCCGGAUCUCCGGAUGUUGUAGGGAAACCAUCUGUCAGUAAUAGUACAGAGAAAUGGACAAAGGGUCAGCCAGGGUCACUGAGAAGGAAGUCAAGGUGUAAUCCUCUAAGCCUUUCCCAUGAGUCUCUUGUGGUAUUAGAUCAAGAUCCGAUGCAGCAGAAGCUUUCAUCAGCGAACAGCGUGAACAGUAUUGUAAACCAUGUCGCCAAAUCCAUCGAGCAGGAGGAAGUGGGAAGAGUUGCAUCGUGGGCUGUGAGCUUUGACAAACUUCUCAAAGAUCCGAUCGGAAACACUGUCUUCACUGAUUUCUUGAAGAAAGAGUUCAGUGAAGAAAAUGUUAUAUUUUGGAAGGCAUGUGAAGAUUUUAAGAACAUCAUUGAUUCUAAUUAUAGAAAAUCAAAGGCAAAGGAACUGUAUGACAAGCAUGUGUCCGUGCGUGCUUGUGAAUGCGUCAAUAUAGAUAGUGUUGCCAGAAAAGCAGUGGAAUCUCAACUAGAAAAUCCAACACCACAAGCCUUUGAUAUCCCUCAACAACAGAUCUUUCAACUAAUGAAGCAGGACAGUUAUUCACGUUUCCUGAAAUCCAGUAGUUAUAAAUCGUUUCUGAUGGACGAAAUGGAGGGAAAACCACUGCUGUUAGCCGAGGAGACGCAAAAUGACAAAAAUAAACUUCUCGAUAAAGACAAGGAGAAGGAAGGGAAGAAGAAAGGAAAGGGCAAGGAAAACGAAGAGAAUAAAGACAAACGAAGAAGGUCUUUGUUACCUUGGAGACAAAAAUCAAAGAAGCAGAGUAAGGCAGAGUCAGAGAGUAAAAACCAGAAGAACAAGGAGAGUAAGGACAUUAAUGCCAACACGACCCCGGCUGCUCCAAGUGCCCAGUCUGAACCUUCAACUAACAACAAGAAGGAACAGCCUGUACAUGUUGAGGUGCCAGAGACUAUUGAGGAGGAACCUGAUCAGCCUCGGUUCUGCCGAGUGAUAAUGCCAGAUGGAUCAACAACCGUUGUAGGUACAAGACAGGGGCAGACAAUCAACUAUAUCCUAGGCAAACUGUGUGAAAAGAGAGGUCUCUCUGUGGCUAGUGUGGAUGUGUUUUUAUUGGGCUCUGAAAAGCCAUUAAACCUGAAUGAUGAUAUAUCUACGCUGGGGUCAAAAGAGGUUACGAUAGAAAGACGAGUGCUGUUUAGAAUGGACUUACCAAAUAAAAAAUCUAUAGGAGUGAAAGCUAAACCAAAUAGACUGAUCCGUGAUGUGUUCAAACCAAUUCUUAAUAAAUACGGAUACAGAAUAGACGCCAUUGAUGUUCAUCUUAGUGGACAGUCCGAGAGAAGCCUGUGUUUAGAUAACUUAGUAUCAUCAAUAGACAGUCAGCGUGUGAUAGUUCUCAACCAAGCUUCUGAUCUACCUGCUAAACCCAACGGACUUCUCGGUCGUUACAUUACCUCACGACCUCCGAUCCCAAAUAAGUUUACUAGCAAAAAAAUUGGUAACCAAGGUUACACUAACACACUAAACAACAACAACAACAAAACUGAUGCUAAAACCCUUGAAGUGAUUACUAACGAAAUCUUUGGCAACCUGAUGUUAGAUAAAAGUGACCAGUUAGUACAUAACUUUGACGAAUUUGGAAUUUUAGAUCCUGAAAGUAGUCCGAAGGUGAUGAUCGCAGAGGUGGAAGCCUCUUCGGAUUUAUGCGAGCAGGAGAUCGGAGAACAGGAAGUGGGGGAAGUUUUGACAAAGGAUCCUGGGAAGGGGGUGAAGAAUCGGCAGAAAGUAACCUUCGACCUUCAGAAAAAUACGGUCAGAAAUCAGUCAGAUGAUAAAGGUAAAGGUAGGAUUACUGUCUUACAUUAGUUAUAAUGGGUUUCC